AAAAAUCAGGGACGGGGAGUAAGUAAAUUAGAUAUUUUCCACACUUGGACUUUUUCAUUUUGCCGACCAGGAGUUUCAAUUUGUCGAUACAGAGAAGAUGAACGAAACAUGCUUACGCCUCCUACGUUUUUUGAUUCUCCUAAAGUGAGAGGUGAAGGAAGAGGGGCGAUGUGGUGAAUAUGGUGAUGGUGAACAGCGAAUUGCUCCAAUUUAUUAUCGACUAUUCAACAUCUAGGUCUGCGCUAGAUAGACCAAUGAGUUGGAUUCAUAAAGUAUGCAACACUAGAAGAGUCUUGAACCCUCAAUUUGAGCUUAUAUCUGGUGUUGUCAAACCAAAGUGAUCAGUAUGGCGUUUGAAAACAAUCACUGAUUUCUUUAGGGCAAUCAUCAACUUUAUUCACAUGUUUUUCGUUACUAUGUUUUCGAUGGAAAAAACUGAUGAUUAUAGAAAGGGGACUGGAUCUAGCAAGAAGUGGGACGGUGGUGACCCUGGAGGUCCCGGCUCGUAUGGAUCUGGUCCACGUGGAGGACUGCCUCGUGGAUUAGAUAGUGUCAGAGGCAUUGACCACAGGGUUAUGGAGGAUGAAAGCAAGGAGAAUUGUAUUUCAACUGGGAAGGGUCUACGGUUAAUUUGAUCUGUAAGAGUUUUAUUAAGAGUUCAACUCCUUUGUACUGCGAUUAAUUUGAUCUGAGGUUAUUUUGUGCAUAUUUUUUUGUUGGAGUACGACAUGCCCUUUGUACCUUUUGUUGGAGUAAACCACAAUGGCCAAUCUAUGUUGUUCGGUUGCGGCUUAAUUUCAAGUGAGGACACCAACACAUUUGUGUGGUUGUUUACAAAGUGGCUUGAGUGUAUGCAUGGUUGUCCUCCAAGUGGAAUUAUUACCGAUCAAGAUAGGGCAAUGCAAAAUGACAUUCAAUUAGUGUUCCCAAAUACAAAACAUCGGUGGUGUCUAUGGCAUAUAAUGAAAAAGGUGCCUGAGAAGAUGGGAGGGUUGACUGAUAAAGAUGAAGUUAGUGCUUCUUUACAUGAUGUUGUUUACGACUCCCAAACAGGUGAAGAAUUUGAGUUCACAUGGAGUUCAAUGUUGCAAAGGUAAGCAUUUUUUUAUUACAGGUUGUGUUGAAUACCAUAACCAUCGUAAUAUGCAUCGUUUGUAAUGUGCAAGUUUCAUCUAAAUGACCAUCGUCACACAAGGUAUCAUUUUGGUGAAAGACUUGUCUUUGAAUGAACAAAGUCGUCAAAAAAGGCGUUAAUGCUCUCACUACGUUGGGUCGUUGAUAUCCCUGCCCAAAAAGUAGGCCUCAAGUAGCAUGGCACCCAACGAUGUCUUUCAUAAUUGAGCAUAUAUAACUUACAAAAUAAGCAUUCAUAUGAAAAUCACAAGCUUUUCGAUUAAGCAUCAAAACAUUUUCAUUGAGCAUCAAAUAUUUACUAUUGAAUAUUAGAAACAUGCAAUUGAGUAUAUGGUUUGUGUUCCCGUAUCUAUAAUCAACUCCUACAUGAAUCUAAUGUAAUAUAGUGUUUUUGGAAUAUGCAUUGACAUAACAUUUUAAAACGACCAUAACACCAGUACAUUCUUGUUUGCUCAUUCCUUUCAAGUUUUAAUUAAAUCCCUCUUGUAUACUCAUUGAAUUUAACAUAUGUAACAAUAUAUUAUUCAACACUUUGUACAUUCCCUCUUUGAAUUAAGAAUCAAUCACACUAUAUAAGUUUAUAUUUCUGUAUUUUUUAUUGAUAUAACAUUUUAAAAUGAGUAUAAAACCAAUACCAAAUGAACAUAUGUAACUUACAAAAUGAACAUAACACCAAUACAAAAUUAGCAUACAUUACUUAUCAAAUGAGCAAUUAUAUGAAAAUCAUAAGAUUUGUUAGUUGAGUGCCAAGACAUUUUUAUUGUACAUCAAACCUCUUUUGUUGAGUAUCAGAAGCAUGCAACUGAGUAUCAUAAUUUCCGCUCUCAUGUAUACAAUCUAACUCUUAUGCGAAUCUAUUAUGGUACUUUUGAAAUAUGCAUUAAUAUGACAUUUUAAAAUGAGCAUAAAACCAGUACUAGAUGAAUGUACAGAGCUUACAAAAUGAGAAUUGAAAAAUUAAAAAGCUUGUUUGAAUUCUCUAAUGUGUUCACAUGGUCAUUUGUGCACAUAUAAUGACAGAUAUAGUUAUGAAAAACAUAGUACGUUUUUUAAUAUUAAAAAAUUUAUAUAAAGAAAAAAGAAAUAGGAAUUCAAAAUUAGAGGAUUCUCAAUUCUAAUUCAAUUAGCAAUAUGGUAUUACUCCCUCCGUCCACCUAUAAUUGUCCCAUUUUUCCAUUUUUGAAUGUCCCUUUAUUAUUGUUUCAUACCAUAGUUGGUAACAUUUGUGUGACUCUAAUUCAUUCUUACUUUAUUUCCACUUUAUCAACUCAUUACCAACCACAUAAUUCUACUUUUCUUAAAAAUCACACCACUCUCUUCCGUACCAAUAUUAGGGAGACGGAGGGAGUAUUUCUUUAUGCAUUUUGUGAAGGCUGAGAUUCUAAAAUACGGAGUACAAUUUAGUAAGCAUUGAAGAUAAAUAACCCUCAUAAAUAUUAAGGUCCAACAACUAUAGUACUUUGGUAGAGAGAAUUCCCCAAAUGAGACUAAAACAUAGUAGAAGUGCAUAAUUAGGACAUUAAGUUUAUUAUUCCCUAAAUAAGACUCUUUAUUACUGAUUAGACAAAAUUGACCUUAAUGAAAUAAAACCCCCUACAUCUGCACCGAUGCACCUCCUGCGAUCGAUGCGCACCUCCUGCGAUCGAUGCGCACCUCCUGCGAUCGAUUCACCUCCUACGCCGACACCACCCACCCUUUUUUGCCAGCCACCAUUGCCAAGACGUUGCCGCCGCUGCCCAACGAGGAUGCCUCCACCACUGCCCAACGAGGACUCCGCCGGUGUUGCCGGCAAGACCGCCAUUGCCGCUAAAUUAUCUCCUCGAGGUGUCGACAUCUUCUCUGUUGCAGCUACCUCCUCUAGAGUGUAUGUUAUGAGAUUUCUAUAUUGAAUUCUGACAUAAUUAUGUAAACAUAAAUGACAUUUUAGAAUUAUAAAUGUGAAAUAAGAGAAGAAAAAGAAAAAUGAAGAAUGACAAGAAGUAAUAAUGUUGAUAAACUCAAUUUCUAUUAAUAUUGAUAACAUGAUAAAAAUAGUGACAAAAACAUGGCACUUUCAGUUUCAACAUAGCAUUUUCACAAAGUGAGUUGCAUAAAAAUGAUACUAUUUUGUCAAACGGGCUAAACAUAGCAUGUUCAUAUGAAACUAUAAAAUGACAUAUUAUGUAAUUUUCAAUACACCUUCACAAAGUGAGUUGCAUAAAAAUGACACUAUUUUGUCAAACAUGCCAAAAGCAUGUCAUUUUGAGGUUAAACAUAGCAUUUUCAUAUGAAAGUAUAAAAUGACAUAUUAUGUCAUUUUAAGUACAUCUUCACAAAGUGAGUUGCAUAAAAAUGACACCAUUUUGUCUAACGGAGCAAAAACAUGACAUUCACAAAUUUAAUUUGAAAGUAAUUUUGUCAUUUUGAUAGAUGCAAUAACGUACAAAAGUGACAUUUUUCAAGGAAAAAUUGAUUGUAAUAAUCCCAACUAUUGGCGAUCCGCUUACAAUAAUCCCAACUAUCGAUUAUCUCAGAAUAAUCCCAACUUUAGUGACCUUCCGCCAAUAAUGGUCCGACAUAACCGGCUAUAAAUAAAUUCCUAUAGUUUCUAAAGUGGAUGAGAAGAGAUAUAACAAGUAAUCCCUAUAAAUAAUUCAACUUUUAAUUUUUACGCUAUAUUUCUAUUUAAAAUUCACUUGUUAUAGCAGGUCAUAUCUGGUCAUGGACCAUUAUUGGCGGAAUGUCACUAAAGUUGGGAUUAUUCUGAGAUAAUCGAUAUUUGGGAUUAUUAUAAGCGGACCGCCAAUAGUUGAAUUAUUACAAUCAAUUUUUCCUUUUUUCAAUUUACUUUCAUAGCCAAGUCCAAAUCAAGUUUACAGGUAGGGAUCCUUCCUCUGUUUAUUUCAGGGAAGCCACAAACCAGUAAUGGCAAUUUUUUUUUAUUUCAAAUCCAAAUUCUACGAUCUAAUUUUUGUAGAAUCUCAAAAGUAAGUAUGCAUUUAAUUGGGGAAAAUAUUUCAAACAUGAACAAAACAGAGCUAGAUCAGCAAGGAAAGAACAGAGAAGAAGAAAAGAGAAGAGGAGAGGAUAUGAGAGCAGAGGAGAGGAGAAGAGAUGGAGAAAAUUACCUUGGUGUCGCUGGAGAAGAGCAGACGAGCGGCCUGGGCGUCUUCAUCGCAAAUAGCUGUUGGUAUUCAUCGCAUAUGGCCUGGGCAUCUUCAUCGCAGAUGGCUUGGGGUCUUCAUCGCGAAUCGUUGUUGUACUGCAUUUGUUGGAGCCGAUAGCUAUUUUGGGGUUUUAUUAGAUGAAUGGUAAAAAAGUAAUUGAGAGUCCUAUUUAGGGAAUGAUAAACUUAAUGUCCUAUUGUGGAAUUUUAACCAUGUUUUAGUCCUAUUUAGGACAAUUAUUUCUACUUUGGUAUUGCAGCUUCUCCCACAUUCAAAGUGCUCGACACUAGACACAGUUUUGACUUUCCAACUAUCCUAUCGCUAUUUCGGCUAUCAGCAACCGUCUGGAAAAGCUGAAUCCCAGAGACCAAGGAGAACUAGAGAAGAUGAUGAAUCGAGCCGUGGAGGAUUGAACUAGACGGGAAGUUGGGCUGGAGAGAUGGUCGCGGGAUGAUCUAGCAGUGAGGAGCGAAGGCCGGCAGAUCCAUUGAUAUAAUCCAGCUUGAAGAUGAACGUAAUUUCAAAAAUAACCGGCUGUACGGUGCUCACCGUACAACCAUGCUCACCGUACAUCCGAUUGUACGGCGCUCACCGUACAGCCGGUUGUACGGUGUAAUUUACGCAGCGUAUAUGGUACAGCCGGCUUUAAGGUGCAAGCCGUACAGUCGGUGGCAAACUUGUAAUUUUGGUGAAAAUCUCAGAUUCACUUUAAAUGAGCAUUGAAUCAAUUUUGAUGAGCAUCGAGCC